CGAGAGACGGACACUGAGGACGUCAGCGUCCCCGACGGCGUGGACCUGCUGGCCCUGCCUCAGCUGUGCUUCCCAGGGGGCCUGUGUGUGGCCUCGGAACCUCAGGAGGACCGUGUCCACUUCCUGGUGCUGACGGACGUCUGCGGGAACAGGACGUACGCCGCGGUGGCCCAGUACUACCGGCCGCUGCACGACGAGCACUGCUUCUACGGCGGCAAGCCCCCCCGCGAGUCCCCGCUGAGCCCGGGCGCCGCCGGCUGCUUCGUGCCCUUCGCCGUGUGCGUGAUCUCGCGGUUCCCCUACUACAACGCCCUCAGGGACUGCCUGUCCUGUUUGUUGACCCACCUGAAGCUCUGCAGGGAUUUCGAGGUUGACAAUCACAUCAGAGACUUCGCUGCGAAAGUCUCCCUGAUCCCCAGCCCGCCGCCGGGGCCGCUGCACCUGAUCUUCAACCUGAAGCCGCUGCAGAUCGUGUUCCCCUCGCGCGCGGACCCCGAGAGCCCCGUCAUCGACCUGGACCUCCACCUGCCGCUGCUGUGCUUCCGGCCCGAGAAGGUGCUGCAGAUCCUGGCGUGCCUGCUGACGGAGCAGCGGCUGGUCUUCUUCUCGGCGAGCUGGGCGCUGCUGACGCUGGUGGCCGAGUGCUUCCUGGCCUACCUGCACCCGCUGCGCUGGCAGCACACGCUCGUGCCCAUCCUGUCCGGGCAGAUGCUGGACUUCCUCAUGGCGCCCACCGCCUUCCUCAUGGGCUGCCACCUCAGCCACUUGGAAGAAGUCAGCAAGGUCAGGUACCGGUGGGGUCCCACCUCACCUUCUGGCGAGGGCGCCCGGCAGGGGCGCCGGGCGGUGACCUGCAGAUUCCCGGCACAUUCCGGGCCGCUGACGCGGGGCCUCUGGUGUGUGGUUGUGUGUUUUGUCGCAGAUAAGACCUCACAAGGAGGCCGGGCACAUAUUUUAAACAUCCCAAGUGUGUGCGGUCACCGCGCCGGGGCCCUGCCCAGCCGGGUCCUUGGAGGCGCAGAGCAGGCAGGGCAGCCGGACAGACACGUCGGGCGUAGAAUGUUGGUGAUGCUCUCGCUGGAGUUCUGGAAGGUUCUCUCCAGGCUCCUCGAAGGAGCGCUGCAGUGUUGGUACCAGGGCAGGCGGAAGCCCGGCGACGCGCACUGAGGUCCUGGCUCAGACACAGGCCUUUAGCUCGUCAGCAUCACUCAGGUGUUGACCCACUUUUGGUCGAGAUCACAUAAGGCUCUGUGUCUACGUGAGGUUUUUAAAAAAUAU